CUCUUGAUUGGCUGGCCGACCUGCCUCUCGCAGGCGCUAGGGCUAGCGUUCCCCUCCUUCCCCUCUCUCCUCCCGCGAGCCGUGGGUUCCUCAGCUGGCCCGGAGCGAGUCAGUGUCAUUCAGGCCGGCAGACACUCGGGCGCUGUCCUGCUCAGGGGCCGGUGCCUGCGCCUCGCGACGCCGGGUAGGAAGGAUGAAGCCGCAGCUGGAGCAGCCACCGUAUGAUUGGCUGUGGCGCUUGUGAGCCCGAAGUAAAGAUGGCGGGCGGGCAGGCAGCCGCCGCACUGCCCACUUGGAAGAUGGCGGCGCGCCGCAGCCUCAGCGCCCGCGGCCGGGGGGUCUUGCAAGCUGCCGCCGGCCGGCUGCUGCCGCUGCUCCUGCUGAGCUGCUGCUGCAGUGCGGGCGGCUGCGCAGCGGCCGGCGAGAACGAGGAAACGGUGAUCAUCGGGCUGCGGCUGGAGGACACGAACGACGUGUCGUUCAUGGAAGGGGGUGCGCUGCGGGUGAGCGAGCGGACCCGGGUCAAGCUGCGGGUGUACGGGCAGAACAUCAACAACGAGACGUGGUCCCGCAUCGCCUUCACCGAGCACGAGCGGCGCCGGCACACACCCGGCGAGCGCGGGCUGGGGGGGCCCGCGCCUCCGGAGCCGGACAGCGGCCCCCAGCGCUGCGGCAUCCGCACCUCAGACAUCAUCAUCUUGCCCCACAUCAUUCUCAAUCGCCGCACCUCGGGCAUCAUCGAGAUUGAGAUCAAGCCGCUGCGCAAGAUGGAGAAGAGCAAGUCCUAUUACCUGUGCACGUCGCUCUCCACGCCGGCCCUGGGCGCGGGCGGCUCCGGGUCCGCGAGUGGCGCCGUCGGGGGCAAGGGUGGCGCGGGGGUGGCCGGGCUUCCGCCUCCUCCCUGGGCUGAGACCACCUGGAUUUACCACGACGGUGAGGACACCAAGAUGAUCGUGGGCGAGGAGAAGAAGUUCCUGCUGCCCUUCUGGCUGCAGGUGAUCUUCAUUUCGCUGCUGCUGUGCCUGUCGGGCAUGUUCAGCGGCCUCAACCUAGGGCUCAUGGCUCUGGACCCGAUGGAGCUGCGCAUCGUGCAAAACUGCGGCACCGAGAAGGAGAAGAAUUAUGCCAAGCGCAUCGAGCCGGUGCGCAGGCAGGGCAACUACCUGCUGUGCUCGCUGCUGCUGGGCAACGUGCUGGUCAACACCACGCUCACCAUCCUGCUCGACGACAUCGCGGGCUCAGGCCUUGUGGCCGUGGUGGUCUCCACCAUCGGCAUCGUCAUCUUCGGGGAAAUCGUGCCCCAAGCCAUCUGCUCCCGACAUGGACUGGCCGUAGGGGCCAACACAAUCUUCCUCACCAAGUUUUUCAUGAUGAUGACCUUUCCUGCUUCUUACCCGGUCAGCAAACUGCUGGACUGCGUCCUGGGCCAGGAGAUAGGCACUGUGUAUAAUCGGGAAAAACUGCUGGAGAUGCUCCGGGUCACUGACCCCUACAAUGACCUUGUUAAGGAGGAGCUGAACAUCAUCCAAGGGGCGCUGGAGCUCCGCACCAAGACAGUAGAGGACGUGAUGACUCCCCUCCGGGACUGUUUCAUGAUCACAGGCGAGGCCAUCCUGGACUUCAACACCAUGUCGGAGAUCAUGGAGAGCGGCUACACUCGCAUCCCGGUGUUUGAGGGAGAGCGUUCCAACAUCGUGGACCUGCUCUUUGUCAAAGACUUGGCCUUCGUGGAUCCAGAUGACUGUACUCCCUUGAAAACCAUCACCAAGUUUUAUAACCACCCCUUGCACUUUGUUUUCAAUGACACUAAGUUGGACGCUAUGCUGGAAGAAUUUAAGAAAGGUAAAUCUCACCUGGCCAUUGUGCAGCGGGUAAACAAUGAGGGCGAAGGGGACCCAUUUUAUGAAGUUCUGGGCAUUGUCACCUUAGAAGACGUGAUUGAAGAAAUCAUCAAAUCUGAGAUCCUAGAUGAAACAGACUUAUACACUGAUAACAGAACGAAAAAGAAAGUGGCCCAUCGUGAAAGAAAGCAAGAUUUUUCUGCCUUUAAGCAGACAGACAGCGAGAUGAAGGUUAAAAUAUCACCACAGCUUCUCCUGGCCAUGCACCGUUUCCUAGCAACAGAAGUAGAAGCAUUUAGCCCAUCCCAGAUGUCAGAGAAGAUCCUUCUAAGGCUGCUAAAGCACCCCAAUGUCAUCCAGGAACUGAAGUUUGAUGAGAAGAACAAGAAAGCCCCCGAGUACUACCUCUACCAGCGAAACAGACCUGUAGACUACUUCGUUCUCAUUCUGCAGGGGAAAGUGGAGGUAGAAGCUGGGAAAGAAGGUAUGAAGUUUGAAGCGAGCGCUUUUUCAUACUAUGGUGUGAUGGCCCUCACAGCCUCUCCAGUUCCUUUGUCCCUGUCUCGUACCUUUGUUGUCAGCAGAACAGAGUUGUUAGCAGCAGGUUCUCCAGGUGAAAAUAAGUCACCUCCUCGCCCCUGUGGCCUGAAUCACUCAGAUUCUCUCAGUCGAAGUGACCGGAUCGAUGCAAUGACACCAACAUUGGGGAGCAGCAAUAACCAGCUCAAUUCUUCAUUCCUUCAAGUCUACAUCCCUGAUUACUCAGUACGAGCCCUUUCUGACCUGCAGUUUGUCAAGAUCUCCAGACAGCAAUACCAAAAUGCCUUGAUGGCAUCCCGGAUGGAUAAAACCCCUCAGUCUUCAGACAGUGAAAACACUAAAAUUGAAUUGACUCUUACGGAGCUGCAUGACGGGUUGCCAGAUGAGACGGCCAACUUGCUCAAUGAACAGAACUGUGUGACACACAGCAAGGCUAACCACAGCCUGCACAACGAAGGCGCCAUCUAGGGGCGCUCGUGGGCCCUCCUUGCCUGACCCCCUCCUGAGGCUCUGCCUCUAUCUGACCAUGAUUUCCACUAGUGUGAGCUUGUGUUCCAUGCUGCGUCCUACAACAUUGAGACCAAAGACUCUGCCCCUUUCCUGGAAGCCGUGGUGGACGGCAUGGGGAGGGAUGGAAACUAGACGUGUGACGUUGACAGCUGGGGCAUGGCAUUCAAGAAUUCCGAGACAAACUUCCGCCCAAAUAGAAUCAUGUUUAUUUUUUCAGCUGUACCUUUUAUCAUUACUCUCCUCCUCCCUCGAUUUGCAUGAAGUUGAAAAUUGUUGCAAUUUAUUUUUUCAAGAGAUUUUUUUUUAAGUGUCUUCUGCAGAGUUUUAAGUUGUUCUGUCUGAACUCUGCUAUGAGCCCAUGAUGUGACCCUAACAGAAUGGACUUGCCCUUGAGUGGCCUUUCUCAACCCUCCCUAGGAAGGAUACCCUUCCUCUGUGCCCCAGUGGGUGUCACUGUCGAACUUGAUGGAUGAAUGAAGAAAACCAUGUCACUGCAGAAUAUGCCAAGUCUGUUGUCACUGGGGGGUGUCGCCAGCAGAACAUGCAGGCGCCCCUCUGCACUCAGUGUUGUUUGGAAAAUUUGAUGUUUAACCAUGUCCCUUUCCCUCAGGAAGGUUUAACAUUUGCUUGCGAAUAUGAUUUUGCUCCCACCCUAAGGACUUUUUAUCACCAAAAUGAAUGUUAAUGAAUUUUAAACCCAUGGUUUAUCACUGGCAAGAGGCAAGUUGACAUCAUCCUGACAUUCCUCCAAUCUGGGGUGGCCUGGGAUGUGGGCUUAGCCAGUCCUCCUCCCCCACCCCAGUGCACAGAACACCACUCACCUUCCCAGCCCUUGCUGUCCUUCCUAGCCCUCACUCUUGGUACCCCAAGAUGCUGCUACAUAGAUGCCAAAUGGAAACCUUCCAUGGGCUUCUUAGUAAAUGUGGUGUGGAGGCUGUGUGCUUCCCUUUCCCACUGGGGUGUAUGUAGUUAUCAGAACAGGAGAUGGACUCUGUAGUUGGGGCUGAGAAGGCAUUUCUAAAACCCAUGUUUUUAAAAGAAGGAUCUUUGGGGACUGCUAGUCCCUGUCCCUCCUUCCAGAGAGCUCACCAUCCCUCUUCCCUCUUCCCCUCUGUCUCUGGGCUGCGGGGCCCAGCAGUGAAAGUAUCCCCUGCCCAAAGGCUCCUGUGCCUCCUGCUUCAGAUGUGGCCAGUGCCAGAGAGGCUGCCUCCACAGCCAGGGUCAGUUUGGCCCCAAACAGGGAUUCAGAAACCAAAUGUGUGUUGUGGCCAUUUUCUGUGUGUCUCCACCUUAUUUUAAUACCAAAUUUACCAUGUGCCACAAAAUUCAUGUCAGCAGGUAUUCCUUGGGUGGCUGACUGUGUGUUAAGUGUUAGCCAAGGGAUAUGCCCAUCUUGCUGGUGAUAAUCAUACACUGAAAUUAACUCCUAAUCACACUGUUCAGUAGGAUUUUCACUACCUAGGUCACUAGUGAAGAAGAAAGCCUUCCUCUGUGCUUGGGCUUCCUGCACAGGGAGCCUAGGGGCACAGCGUCAACCUCCUGCCUCAGGUAGGAAGUCUGCUAGCCCCACAUUGGGUUCUGGGAGGGUGACAUGCUUGCUUGGUCUCCUGGUGGAUGGUUGGUGACUCUGGAAACUUAUUUUCUUUUUUGUGGUGCUGGGGGUGGAACAUAGGGCCUCAUGCAUGCUGGGCAAGUGCUUUACCAUUGAGGUAUACCUGCAGACCUUGGUUUGGGCAUCUGGUGCCAUGUUCACUGACACACAGUUAUCCUGGAUAGCAGUCCUGGGGUGUUGUCCUCAGAAGGUGCCAUGCCUGUUAGUAAAGCAGAGCUGGCCUCACUUGAUGGUCAUUGAGAGUAGCCCCUAAAGGGUCUGAGUGGUCUGCUGCUAACAUCUGCCAUCUUGGGAUGGAGUUCCCACCACACUGAGUACCUUUUUCAGAUAACCACCCUAGUAAAAAAGUCUAUUUCCUAAGGAGCAUUUAGCUGAACACAACCCAGGCAUUACGUGCAGUAUACAGAUGAGGGCUCUGUGGGUUUGGCCAGGGCCAGGGUCUCUUACCCCCAAAACUGCCACUCUGCCCAGUGGUAUGCCUUCUCUGAGGCCUGGGAGCCAGGAGGCCCAACUAAGGCUUUCUGGCAGUGAGGCACUCCACUGUCAACCUCUCAGGGGUCAUGCACAGCCUGUAUCAGCCAGCCUUGCUAGAAGGAGCCUCCAGAGAAGCAUGUAUUGGUCUUUCCAGAGCCACACUUUCUUUCGUGGAUCCCAGGGUAUGGGAGUCUGGGGAGGAGAGAAGCACUAGCACUGCCUGUCUGUCAGAACAGAACUCCUUCCCACUUUCCCUGCCUAGUGUGGUGGCUUUGGGUAGAGUUCUCUUACAAAGGAGCUGGUUGGAAAGGGCUGUAUGAGGGCAAAGGAUGAGGCUGUAGCCUACAAAUUUGUCUACUUACCUUUGACUGUUCAUACUGUUUUAUCAGCAUAAUUCCUGUCUGGUUCUUGAAGGAACGAAGGUGACCUUCUAGCUGUAGUUAGAGCUGCUCUGGGGAAAAUUAAGAACCCUUCAAACAACAUGUGCAUCUGGAUGACCAAAGGCCUCUUCCAGGUCCUGCUUUCCCCCUGCAAACAGACUCCUCAGACAGCUGAAGGAGGGACACUGGCAGAAUGGUCUUGGCUAGGAAGGCCCAUGUCAUCUGUGGCCUGAUCCCAUGGGCAUCACAGACAGAAAAUACUGGCUAUUUGAAAUUGCCAUAUGCAGUGGCUCCUUCCUUUGUAGCUCUGGCCUGUAGUCCUGAGGGCUCCUGUAUGCGGUUAUGGGAAGGAGGGUAUCAGGCGGCCAGACACAGGCUUCUUGAGUUCGGUUGCUGCUGGGCCUAACCCUCUUCCACAGUGCUGUCUAGAGUCACUGCUGCCAGUCAGAAGACAGGGCAGCACCUGGAGCUGGAUUCCUAGUAUCCAAAUGUUCCCUGGACACUGCCUUUGUAAAUGAAGGGUCCUUCAUAUUACUGUUCAUUUACAGGCAAGUCCAAAAUCUUAGGAGAGAGAAUCCUAAAAUUUGUAUGUGAGUUUUGGGGUGCUAAUCAACGAGCUUAAACUUUGGUUCUUAAUGUGAAGGUGCCGCAUACAGUUCUCAUUUCCUCUUUCCUCCCUGUGGGUGUGGUUGACCACCUCAGAGGGAGCUGAGCCUCAUGCCACUUUCUCAUUCCAAGAAAUCUGUGCAGAUGUUGAGUGCAGAACUUCACACUGAUGUGGAACACUGUGAAAAGAUUUACCUUACUGUCCCCAGUUCUGUACAGCUUAAAAACCAGCUUUUCCAAGUCUAGGAAAAUAUGACAGGUACAGACAGAAAUGCAUCUCACUUAAGAAAUAGAGCACUAGGUUUCUGAGCUAAGCAGUGACCAGUAUCUUCUGCCCUCAAGUCCCUCAGGUUGAGGAGCAACCAAGUGGGUGCUGGCUGGCUGAGUCUGUGUAUUGGCUGGUUAAAAAAACAAAGAAAACAGAACACAACCAACCACCUCUGUCCUUCAGACUGCUGCCAGGGAUCUGUGCCUAGGUCCAGGGAGUAAGGUCUCCCAGAGGUGAACCCAGGCAGAUGACCCCCCUGGACUGGUUGCAAGAAGGUACUUGCGGAAGCCUACACCAGGCAGGGCUGGCUGACACACACCACAGAGGCUUCAAUUCCCCGGUGUCUCGGGCAGCCAGCACACUUCCCCUCCCUGCUCUCAUCCUAGAUAGGUUUUUCUUUGUGAAGUACUGAGGGCUGUUCUAGGCACUUCUGAGGCACCAGUGCUCUUUCUUACUGAGGAAAACAGGCUCUUUCCUGAGCCGUGUUUACUUCCAUUCCGGGACAUGUAGUCUUUCCGUUGAGCAAGAAUAACUGGGUGCAUUGUAGACUAACCCAGAAUUAGAAGGAAUUUAGAGUUGAACAAGAAAGGGAUGUGGGGGAUUCAGAAGAUUUUCUGAUAUAAAUUUAUCAAUGAGCAACCUACUCAGUGGAUUUUUGUACCUCAGGGCCGUUUACCUGUUUCUUUGUGUUUGAGUGGGCUGACGGGAAAGAAUGAAUUUAAGAUAAUUCUAGGUUGUGGUUCAUUUGCUUCUACUUGAUGAGUGAGUGUACUGAGGCUGAGCUUUCUGUGACUACUGUCUCAAGCCUGUGCCAAGCAGGCCUUCCUCAGCUGUGUGCUCUCUUCCUAGAGCCAAUGCUUAUUUGCUGGUUUUCUUCUUCCCUACCUGAAGACUCCUAUUCUUAUCUGGAGUCCCUGGUCAUCCCUGGACAGGAGGUAAGCUCACAGCAACUGCACCCAGCAGCCACGGAUCUUGGCAUCCUAGUUUUUUGGUUGACUUAGCUCACGUAUCCUUUCCAUGCCAGAGCCACCAAGGCAUCUCAACUGGAAUCGUCUAAAUUGUCUUUUGAUGGGAAAUGUCAAGGUGGUACCUAAGAAAUGCAGAAAUGGCAACAGACAAGUUCUAGGUGUUUGUAUGUGAAGGUUUGUAUGUACACAGAUCCAGCACAUGUAGUGAAGACGUAAGUUUUCAGGAUAUACUACCCACUGAGACCAGGCAGAUGAGAAUCACUCAGGGUACUAUCUUGCCUCACUUGGAAGGGUACCUUCUGGUGUUGCCCACAUCUGAUCCAUGUGUAUUUACUUAGGAGGCCAGAUUUCUCCAGAUUCACCCCAAAGAGAACUAUCAAAGGGGCCUGAGGGGCCUGCUCUUCUUGGAGACUCAGGUUUCUUGCAUACAAACAGCUGGGAUCCUAGGUCCCCAUAGCAGAGGGAAAUGGGGAAGAAUGAAUCUUGUGGACUCAUUCCCCAGAGAGCCCCAGCCCAGCUCCUGAUCCUAACUCCCCGUGUCUGGUCUACUGUGAAGUCUAUCCAUUGACUUUUCUUGUUUUUGCAGUCGUUUAAAUCCACAAGUGUAUAUGCUUUAUUUUAUAUUAUUUAUUAUGUACAUAUGCCUCUACUGUUAGUCUGUCAUCUGUGACUAAGAUACAUUCUGCUUUGAAAGCCCUCAUCUGUGCAGUCUAGGGUUCUAUUGCCCCUUGCUGGGUGAGAGGGCAGUAGGGUUGUUUUGUUUAAAAGAGAAAAAAAAUGUUGCUGCUCUUAUACUACUGGCUUCUGUUAUUGUCUGCUCCCCCACCCCCACAUUCCUGAUGGCCACUCUUUGGGAGGUAGGUGGAGGCAGGACCUCUCAAGUGUCUCCAUGAAUUACUGCAGUAGUUUCUUAGUGGCAAGGUCUCUUCCCUGUGUAGUGGUAGAGAUGCCUGUAAGAUCACAGCCUCCAUCCUCACCCUCUACCCAGUCCAGGUCAGUUGCCUGGUCCCCAAAUGAUGGCCUCUACUUCUCACCUUGAAUUUCAGAAUCAAUCUGUGGACCAUGGAAGCUGCCUGCCCAUUUGGGCUCUUUCCAUGCCUCUUCCUGGUAUUAUGGCCCAGUGCCAACAUGGACUUGGCCCUAAAUAAGCUCUGCUUUGUCUGACUUCCAUCCCAGCCUUUACUCACUGUAUCAUGGUGUACAUUUCAUGCAUUUGAGCAGUGGAGUUUUCUGACUAUUCAGAGCCAUGUAAAGUAAAUAAGCACAAGUCAAGUGUAUAGGCUUCAUGAGCUGAUUGUCAUAAUGAACGCAAUUUUAUAAUUCAAAUGUUGUAGAUUUACUAUCUCCUAUUUAUUUUGUACCAAUUGAUUUGUAAAUCUUGUGAUUGUUUUAAAAAAGGUUUGUUUAUUUCUAUUAUUCUAUUUAGAUAAAUGAUUUUCUGUUCACCCUUCUAGCAAAUGUGUGUUCCCUCUUGCCCCUUUCAUCUGUAUAACACCCACAAACCAUUUUGUUUCAUUCAGCCUUGGACCCCAGCCCAGAGGCUUGGCUUUAUUGGUGAGAAAGCCCAGACUGGAUCUCAUCAGGUCGUCUCCUUUGGACAGAUGCUGCAAAGUCUUGUAUUCACAGAGAAGCACAUACAAAUUCAGUGCCUCCCAGUUAUAGCCUGUUGGUUUGUGUCCUCCUUUGGAAGGAGGUCUGCCCCCCCAUCAGUUACUCUGUAGAAAAGGAUACCAGUAUCUACUCAACUUGCCUUAGACACCAGCUGCCCUGUUAACUCACAGCGGCUAAGCAAAUGGCAACACUGGAUUUUCCUAGGCAACAGCAAAGGCUUUGUGCAGGCCUUUUAAUUGGCUCUUGAAGAGAGUGGCUCUGUAGACUUCACGGCACGUCACCCUCAAUUGAUACAUACCAUGCCACAGUAUAGGAGAUAUGUUAGAUGCUCUUCAGGACUAAGUGGUGUCCUACAUCCACCAAUAAUCCAGUCACGGUGACCCUCAUCAUCUGCCAUCAUUCCAGAUUUUCUAUUCCUUUGGAGCACCUGUGACCAGACACUCAAGAGCUUCUGGUCAUUUCAAGAUCCCUUGGUGGUCCA